GUUUAUCUUUUUUCUGGGGCACGCCGACCAAUCUCUCGCGCUCCUCUCCGCCGCUGCCCUCCUCCCAGGGCCUCCAGGGAAUGGCGGCGGGCUGGCGUGCCCGCGCGGAACGAGGACCUGCAGGCUACGCCACCCGGCGCACCGAGCACGGGCGCUCCGCCAUCGGCGAGCGACGGGGCGGGCGCCGCUGGGCGCAGCACAGCGCGCCUCGCAGCAGGGGCCAAUCUCGCGGGCGGCGGCGGGGUCCCCCCUGGCCUCCGUGGCGCGGGGUCUCCGCCCCGGAAGCCACGAGGCCCAGGGGUUCUCGCGACGACGACGACGACGACGACGACGACGGCGACGGCGACGACGACGACGACGACGACGGCGGCGACGGCGACGACGACGACGACGACGACGGCGACGGCGACGACGACAACCGGCGGCAGGGCGCUGGGCCGUCGAGCGGGGCACGGUGGGCACAAGCGCCAGCCAAGGCGAGAAGAGAUCCCGCUGUACAGUCGAGGUGCUAUCAAUCUGCAUCCGUCGUGGGGCACCCCUUGGGAGGCCCAUCUCUGAUGCGAUGUGCCUACUCUGAGAGGCCUAGGCGCUGAUCAGAUGGUCGGGGGCUCGUGUGCCCUGGACGGCGCCCGGUCGGGCGGCGCGGUCGCGUCAGACGACGCUCUGGGCGACACGGCGGCGCCCGUCUCUGGCCUCCGGAAAGAGAAGCUCCGGGUAGCGGGAGAGGCCCCAGCCGCAUUCACCCUGCUGGGUUUCGAGGGGCGCCGAGACUUGGCGCUCAGGAUGGCCUCUUCCCUGUCGUGGACGAGCUGCUCCGUCUCGUGUGCGAGGCUCCCCACGUCCUCCCUGGGCUGGAGGGAGCCGUCGUCGCCGAUGGUUAGGGGAACAAAGGGGCGGCACAGACAUUAGCUUUCGGAUGUCUGGGUGGAAUUCUCGGUCCCAGACCCCGACGUCGCGAUUUUUUCGCAACGUCGACCCCCAG